AUGGCUCCACAAUCCGGACCGACAAGGCAGGCCUCGCAUGCAGGCAGCUGGUACACCGAUGACCAGGCCGAGCUCGAUGAAUCUCUCGCUGAAUGGCUCAGCGACGUCAACGCAGACCAGCUCCCCUCGCCACUUUCCGUCUGCGAUAACAAGCCGAGCUCAGAUGCACUGCCCUUGCCCCUUCCGACCUGCCGUGCCAUCAUCGGUCCGCACGCCGGCUUUGCCUACUCCGGCCGUGCAGCUGCAUAUGCCUACAAAUGCAUCGACGCCGCUUCCAUCGAGAGGGUCUUUAUCCUCGGCCCUUCGCACCACGUCUAUCUCGACGGAUGCGCUGUCUCUCGCUGCUCUCAUUAUGCAACCCCACUCGGCAAUCUCGAGGUUGACCGCCAAGUGACCGAAGAGCUCAAAGCGACGGGCAAGUUCGAGACCAUGACGCAGUCUCAGGAUGAAGACGAACAUAGCAUGGAAAUGCAUCUGCCGUACAUCUACAAGGUGUUCGAAGGCAAGACGAUUCGGAUUGUACCGAUCCUGGUUGGAGCGAUCAACACCAAGACCGAGGAUGUCUACGGCAAGCUGCUGGCGCCGUAUCUGAAUGACUCGCGCAACUUCUUUGUCGUUUCCAGCGACUUUUGCCAUUGGGGUACGAGGUUCAGGUACACAUACUACAAGCCGGCGAACGACAGCGCAGCCACGAUGCUUUCGGCAAGGACGCCACGAUCGGCAUACGAAAGCACGCCAAUUCAUCAGAGCAUCCGCGCUCUGGAUGAGCAAGGCAUCUUUGCCAUCACCUAUCCGUGGACGCAGAGCGGGGAAAACAAGACUGCAGCCGAGGCGCGAAAGGCAUUUGCAGAGUACCUCAGCAGUACGAAGAACACCGUAUGCGGGAGACAUCCGAUCGGCGUGUUGCUCGCAGCGCUGGCAGAGCUCGAGAAGACGGCGCAGACCAAGUCCGAGUGCCGCUUCACCAGGUACGAACAAAGCAGCCAGUGCACCUCGCCGCAAGACUCGUCUGUCUCCUACGCAUCUGCUUUCGUGCGCUUCUAA